UGCACGACGGAAGUGGUUCUGAGGCCGCAACAUGGCGGCCGCCUGGUUCCUUCGCUGGAGCCUGAGCCGGGCUGGAACCUGGCCGGUCCCGCUUCCCGCACGCUGCGCUCGCCGAGCUCUGCACAGGCAGGUAGACGGCACCGAAUUCCAGAGCAUCUACAGCCUGGACAAGCUCUACCCCGAGUCCAAGGGCACGGACGUCGCCUGGAGGGUUCCGGAUGAUGCGAAGCAAGCCAGCAAUGACAUCCCUCUUGAUCGCUUGAAAAUAUCUUAUUGCCGGAGCAGUGGUCCUGGGGGGCAGAACGUUAAUAAAGUGAAUUCCAAGGCUGAAGUCAGGUUCCAUUUGGCAACCGCUGACUGGAUUGCAGAGCCUGUGCGGCAGAAGAUUGCUCUCAUGCAUAAAAAUAAGAUCAACAGGUCAGGAGAAUUAAUACUCACAUCUGAGAGCAGCCGCUAUCAGUUCCGGAAUCUUGCAGAUUGCUUACAAAAAAUUCGAGACAUGAUCACUGAGGCCAGCCAGGAGGCGAAGGAGCCAUCCAAGGAAGAUGCUGAGCUUCAGAGAAUCAGGAUAGAAAACAUGAAUCGGGAAAGGCUCAGGCAGAAGAGAAUAAAGUCGGUCAUAAAGACAAGCAGGAGGGUGGAUAUGGACUGAAGUCAUCCCACACUGCCAGCAAAAACCAGAGGGAUGCCAGGGAAGCCGUCUUGAGAGAUUCAUCACAUCAAGGACAUGGCCUUUGUCAUGUUGGUCUUCUGCUGUUAGUGUCUGUGCAUUGAAGACAUGACAAGAAGGUUCCUUUGGAGGGAGGGCUGCAAGUCUUCCUGGGCAGUCUGCUGCCAUCACCUCAGUUGUCCACCUCAUACAUUUGGCUGUAAUAAAUUUCUAAGCUUUCCUGAGUA